UACCUUCGAAUAAUAAUAAAAGAAAAAUAUCCAGAAAUGGAAGACAAUAUUGCAUUAUCCUCCAUCGGCGAUUUAGAAAAAAAACUUAACUCUGCUAGACGGUCAUUAAUCUCAUUAAAUGACAAUAUACGUCGAUUUGUCGGUCGAGGACUUAAGGAACCCAGGAUUGAGAAGUACAAUCCCGAUGCCGGAUGUAAGAAAAAUGAGCAAAACCAGGACAAAAACAUCCAACGCCAUGAGAUUUUGAAACAAAAGCGGCGUAUUUACGAUCCAAAAAUGGUAUUUAAUCGGCUUUCAGACAAGGACGAAUUGUGGCUGCCAACACCUCGACUUAAUUCUCGGGUAAUUCGAGAAUUGCCCUCGAGAGAGGAAAUUGUCGAAGCUCAGGGAGUCGAUUCCGAAUCAAGGGCUCGGAAUCGUCGCAUGUUCGGUUCCCUUCUGGGCACUUUGCAGAAAUUCUGCCAGGAAGAGUCUAGAUUGAGAAAAAAUGAAGAUAAGAAAGCUCAAAUAGAAAAGAAAUUGGAAAAGCAAGAGCUGCAAGAAAAAGCAUUGGUUCAAAAGGAACGCGACUCAUUAUUUUUAGACAGAAAGCGUAAGCAGCUUGAAAUUAGAUGCCUCGAGAAGAAAAUGGCUCGUCUAAAAGAUUUCAAAACAUGGGAAUCCUCAGUGAUUUGCCAACAAAACCAGAUUCGAACAAAAACCAAACCCUAUUUAUUUUACCAACCACGCGUCCACACGACCCAGACGGAAAAACUCUUAAUGAAAACUAAAUGCGAUCUGGAGUGUCUCAUCGAAAGACGCCGCGAGGAUCUACAAGCUGAGCUCGGAGAAAUCGAGUGCACCAAUAACACGGAUGAUGACUUCGUACUCGACGAUAGCAGCGUCUAUGAUAAUAAAACAGAUAACAAAUUACAUGUGGAGAGCAGCAUUCCUGGAAUAUAAAUUCUAAAUUUCGGACACUUAAAUGUCAUUAGAUCCCCUACCAGAGAGCUGCAACGAUGGCUCCCGAACUGCUCUCAUGAUUUUGCUCAUAGGCUCAAAAGGAUCAUAUAUGUUGUUCAUACUUGUGAUCGCGUGCUUUGUUUGAUUAACACCAGACAAACAUAACUUUUUAAUUGAAUUUAUUCUGCGCUAAAAUUCUUACUCAAAUGCAACAACUCAACAAAACAAGCGUUGAAUAAGCUCAGUUUUGCCAAUACCCAGAACUUUUCGUCGGACGGAAUUGGGACCAAUCGAAGCAGAAGGAAAUUAAUAUCUAGCUUGGCUUAACAUGUAAUUAUCGAAAGUUUAUUCAGGACUAUGUCAGAGUUACAAAGCAAACGACAAAUUUGGCUUUAAUGACAGAUUAUAGGGAAUCCUUUGAGCAACUUAAAAACAUGCUAAUGAGUAGUUUAAGAGUACAACACCCCGAUUUUACAAAACCAUUUACAUUGUC